AUGGCCGACUCUGAUCGCAAAAUCCACGAUUCCCAAACCCUAGUAGACGGCAACCUCCUCGCCGCUAAAGCUUUUGCGGCCGCCGGCGUCACGCUCAUGUUUGGCGUCGUCGGCAUACUGGUCACCUCAUUCGCCAAGCGCGCCGUGUCAAUCGUCAUUCGCUUCCUCGCCUUCCACAACGAGCAGUCGGCGGCCCAAAAAUACAACACACUUGAACUUCCUUCAGGGGUAUCUGGCCCUGAAAGCAUUGCCUUUGAUUGUAAUGGAGAUGGUCCUUAUACUGGCAUCUCGGAUGGUAGAAUUUUAAAAUGGCAAGGUUCCAAACAUGGAUGGAAGGAGUUUGCAAUCACUUCCCCAUUCAGGAUUCCUAAAUUUUGUGAUGGAUCACUCAACCCUGCAAUGGAACAAGUGUGUGGAAGACCAUUGGGUCUUAAAUUCAAUGAAGCAACAUGUGAUCUUUACAUUGCAGAUGCCUAUUUUGGGCUAUUGGUGAUUGGGCAAAAUGGUGGAGUUGCCAAACAAGUAGCCAUUAGUGCAGAAGGAGUCCCAUUUCGAUUCACUAAUGCUUUGGACAUAGAUCAAAACACUGGAGUUGUCUAUUUUACCGAUACUAGCACCAUAUUCCAAAGAUGGGCUUAUGCAAUAGCAAUGCAAAUUGGGGAUAAGACCGGAAGGUUACUAAAAUACGAUCCAAGGACCAAAGAAGUGACGGUGUUGCUAAGAGGCUUAUCCUUUUCAAACGGGGUUGCAUUAAGUGAAGACAAAGAUUUUGUUUUAGUUACUGAAACAACUGCCGCCAAAAUAAUAUUCAAAGAAACAUUCAUGGGGAAUUUUGGGUUGCACAAAAUAAUUGUGGAAGACCAGAAGUAA